CGGGGAGUGCUAACGGUCCACUGGUUAUGGGGCGCAAUACUUGCCUUGCCCCGGGAGCUGGCACCCAAACGUCAUCUUGCAUUUUGCCUAGUGUAAUUAAUUGUGGUCUGAUACCUUUUUCGGUCGAUCGGCAUUAUCUACAUUAUUUUUUUUUUUUUUUUUUUGUGUGUGAUUUUUUUAAAACGUUAGGGUCGCACGGUUUUUGUAAGGACGGCCGGGUAAUCGGAACCACAACUAUUAUUUUGUUUAACCUAAUAUCAGUUUUCAUUUUUGUUAUAGUUAACGUUAUUGUCAAUGAGAAUAAAUUUUAUGUGAGAGAACCUUUAAGCCCAUUGUUGACGAAGGUCAGUGGCCUACUUUAACUGUGUACUGAUUAUCAGUAUUUAAGCCGAUCGGGACGGACGGAAAGAAGACCCUCAUUAGAAAACAGAACAUGGAUGCUUUUAUAAAAUAUUUGCGCGAUGUUCGUCGCCUGCCAGAGGGAACCAUCAUUAGAAUGGACGCUGACAAGAUUGACCCUAUUGUCAUUCGAGCUAUGAGCGACGACCAGCUGGCUAGGUAUAUCGAUACACCAGGAGACAGGAUAGCCGUGAGGCAGUUCUGUGAAAAACCUGCAGCAGAAGUAUCUACCAGUGGUCUUGUCAACCUGGCAAUAAACGUCGAACAGAACCUAGGGAAACACACAGAAAUCGCUGAACCCAGCGAGGCAGUUACUCCGGCGAAACGUCCCAAGAUCGCCGAAAAUCAAAGUGCAAGUAAAGAAAUGAAAAGCUACCAAUUAAUCUGGAAAAACUUUGAUCGAGGCCAGUUUCGUUUAGUGACGCAGAAUAAUGGUGGUGGAACCAGAUGUCUUAAGGAUAACAAAAAUAUCACUAUUAAGAAAAUUAAAACAGAAGCUAUAAAACUAUUUUUCCCAAAUCGUAUUUCCAAGUUUGGUAGGGUAGAUGAAUUUAAUAUGAAGAUAAAAGAUAUGAACGGUGAGAAUAUUUUUCUGAAGACCACAUUAAUUGAUCUGUAUGAAAAGUACAAGGUGAAAAUGAUGAAAAUAUACCUGUAUACAAAGAAGCACGAAUCUGCAGGUCCAGCCACAGAUCCCAUGACAUCUUCUACAUACAUCGGGGCAGACUCUUUAGAGUCGACGUCUGCUAUCUUAGGUAAAACAAACGGCGACGAAAGUUUGCCUGUGAUUCCAGUUACACCAAAGAGGCCAACGGUUACGGUGAAAUUGCACCGAGGUCAUGUCUUCAACGAUCUGAAUGAUGCAGUGAAAAACGGCGAGCUCGGGAUGAACACGGUAGCUGUAGAAGUGCAGAUGCUGAUGCCAAACGGAGAUUUUGAGAUAAAAGAUGUAAGUGGAGAAAUAUGGCGCGAGGCACUAACCGAAUAUUGGGAAACAUUUUACAGACAAGCAACCAGAGGCAGCGUUGUCAAAGUCCCUAAGAUUUGUCAUGACAUGAAAGACAAAUGGGAAAAUGUGGCAACAAUAAUGGUCAUUGGACACAAAACUGUUGGAUAUUUCCCAAUAUCCAUUGCAAAGCCGUUUCUAGAAUACUGUCUCGGAGAAGACACGACUGACCAAUGUCUGAACAACGCCUAUCAGCAAUUUGUACCAGAGCACGAAAAGGUGUUCGUAAAAUCAGAGAAGUACAGUAAUGAUGAAUCCUUCAGACAUUUUUUGAAUGCCCAUGGCGUGGAGUGCGCCGAGGUUGAUAACUGGCUGAAACUCCGACAGGAACUUGCCCACAAGGAGCUCAUUCAAGAACCGGCGUAUGUCUCACAGUGCUGGGGUAGGAUUCUUCAAUGUCACCUUCAGGUUCCCUAUGGAGGAAUUGGUGAGCUGAUUGCACCCCUGAUACCAAGUACCAGAAAUGUCUUCCAGCAUUUGAAGUUUGGACCGAAUAUGGAUCCGACAGAUCGAAACUGUGCCGAGUACCUGAAGGAAUUCGUUAGAAACAGUUCUGUGGAUGAUAUCAAAAGAUUUCUUCGAUUUUGUACAGGCACAGAUAUCCUGAUUUGUCGCACAAUAAAAGUGCAAUUUGUAAAGUAUCAAAGUGUCUACCCUCGCACUCCAGUGGGACACAAAGACCGAUGUGUUCUGGAGCUUCUCAACGACUACCAGUCGGCGCACGACAUGUCCCAAGAUUUCCAGAAGAGAUGCUACACAUUGACAAGGAAAUGGUCUACUGUUACGUCUACUCUAUAAAUGGUAUACUGUUACGUUACUCUAUAUUUAUAAACUUAAAGCCAUAUCCUAUUUUUCGAAUGAUAACAUUCUUAGGGAGUGAAUUUUGUCAAUUCACAUACGUGGAAAAUCGAUUUAAAGUCAUCUAAUUGGCUGCUCCAUAGCCAUGACCUAGACGCCAAACCCACACUAUCCAGUGAAAUUAUUACCACCGAAACAGAUAAAGUUUCAUUGGAAA